AUGGCCGAGGAAGGUAAUGCAGCGCCCCCUGAUGUUGGAGCCCCAGAAGGUGAAGCUCCAGAAGGUGAGGUUCCACAAGAGGUCACUGCUGAAGAAGCACCACUCGACGAAAAUGAAGAAAAAGCGGAACCUGAAGAGGAAGCUAAAGAGCUUACGACGGCAGAAAUCGAAGCAGCCUAUAUUGCCGGUUUGAAAACGAGCACAUUAUCACGAUGGGGACAAAAAAAAGGACGCCAAAAGAUGCCAGUUGGCUUUGAGGAACGUGUUGAUGUGGACAGAACGGCCCUAAACGCGAUACUAGAUAUUAGCUCUCGAAUUCAGUAUAUCCAGAAGAAAAGCGGACUCUCUAUGAGUACUUUGGCAUUAGGUCAAGAAACAUAUAAAGAUAAACAAGCUAAAGCUAAAGAAGCUCGUUCAAAUCGCACGGCUGGUCUUAAAACGCAACACAGAUUUUUAUUAGAGAAUGCAGCAACAUUAUUAAAUAAAUCAGUUGAAUAUGUGCUGGAUGGUGUUUAUGAUGCUGAUAUUCACAUAGAUUUACUAGAUAGCGCAAUUGUGGAAGGUGGCAAAAAUGGUAUCGUCGUAUGUGAUGCCAAUCUGCCUCCUCCUAAAAUGGAAUCUGGUAGGUUUAUUCCUCACCAAAAAGGUACAAUGGAUCGUACUUACAUAUCCGACUGUUCCACAAUUGGCACAGUAGGCAAUUGUGUUGCCAUGUACAGGAUAAAAAAUAAAGCUGUAGAUACUAAAAAUAUUGCUGACGAUUACUAUGAGGUUAUAAUAGACAUAAAAGGACCAAAAGAUAAUAUAGUAUCGGGAAUAUUUAAAACUAUGGAUCGUGUUUAUGUACCGUCCCUUAAAGAAUGCAAAGCCUGGGGAGACCUCAAUCCACCUAAUCCCAGAAGUCAUGAUAUGAUAGCCUAUUAUGUUUCCAAGAUAAAGCUAUUUGUAGACUACCUUGCAAAAACCAAAAUAGAUCUGGAAUGUUGCACAAGAUUUGAUAUCAACCUAGAUUUAUAUAACGAUGAGCUGUCCGAUCCAGAGAAAAUGAAAGCAGCUAUUACCAAAACUGCGGUGUUAGAAGAAAUUUGCACUUAUGUUAAACAGUGGAUGAGACAGAUAACGAUGGUAUUGGUACAAAGUCAGCAACUAAGACGUGAACCAUCAAACAUUGGGCCCUUAGCGGAGCUAGAUCACUGGAGACGUCAACUCACAUCAUUUACUUCUAUCAUAGAACAUAUCAAGAGUGAUGCCACUAUGAUGUAUAUUCAUGCUUUGAUACGAGCAAAGUCUAAAUUGCUUAAGAAAUGGAGAAGGCUUGACAAUAUGGUAACGGAUUACUUUAAUGAGGCCUAUGACAACGUUAAGUACUUAUAUGCUUUGGAGAAAUUCUGCGAGCCCUUGUAUAGAUGCGACCCACAGACUAUGCAGCAGUAUAUUCCUGGUUUAUUGUACACCAUCCGUAUGGUAUUUGCAACUUCUCGUUAUUAUAACACAACGAAGCAAAUAUCCACACUGCUGGUUAAAGUAACAAAUCAAAUACUUAAUAUGUGUAUGGAUUAUUUAACCAAUUACGGAAAAAAAACAAUAUGGAACCAGGACAAACUCAGGUUUAUAAAUAAAUCCAAACUGUGCCUGAAUCUUUAUAAUUUUUAUCGUGAGUGUUACGCUGAAACUCAACAAGAAAUGAGGGAGGCAUCUGAUGAGAGGCCCUUUGAUUGUUCGGAAAUGUACAUUUUUGGAAAAUUUGAAACUUUUCGCACUAGAGUGAUUAAGAGCGUCAAUAGGUGUCCAACGACCGAAAUAGCUUUACAUUUAUUGUUAAGAUUUGGGAAAUUGAAACUAGAUUGUUUAUAUCUUGAAGAUCAAUAUUACGACUUAAUUAGAAACUACACCGCAGAGGUAGAAUCAAUAAGAGACAGGUAUAAUGACGAAAGACAAGAUCCAGAACUGCCAAGAAACAUGCCGCCAGUCGCUGGUCGCAUAAUGUGGAUAAGAUUUUAUGACAAUAACAUAAAAAUACCCAUGGAGACGUUCAAGAAACAUGAAGAAGUUAUUACACAUCCGAAUACACAGCGUUGUAUAAAAUUGUACAAUGUCAUGGCUAUUGUAUUUACAGAAUUCGAACUCAUAUAUCAUUACGCUUGGGCAGAAAAUAUUGGACAGGUACGGUUGAGUUUAAUUACUCCAUUAUUGAUUCGUCAUCCAGUGACAAAUAUGUACAUAGUAAAUUUCAAUAUAUAUAUUCCGGAGUGCAUCAGGGAGAUUGAAUAUAUGUAUCAAUUGGGACUCUAUGUACCAGAUGGUGCUCAAGUAUUAGCUUUCUGUAAAGAUAAACUCUUUUACAACUACGAGCUUGUCAAGUCUUUGGUGGAAAGAAAUAAUCAAAUACGAAGGAGUAUGCCGAAACUUUACUUGCCUUUACUUCGAUCGCACUUGAUAAAAAUGGAUAAGGUUUUCCAACCCGGAUUCUCCACUAUAACAUGGACCUCGCUAGAAAUACCUGCAUAUUGCGAGAGAAUUGAAAAGGCUCUUGGCGAAGUAGAUUUGUUCCUCAAAGAGGUUAUAGAUCUUAAAGAAGCUCGCAUAGAUCCAAUAUUAGCAUCAAUUACUAAAACGUUGCUUGUUUAUUUGCCGGAUCAAGCUGUAGAUCCAACUAUUUUCUACGAUGAAAAUUUCGUUCGCCGUGAUAACAUUGCGCAGGAAAUUCAACAAAAAUCAUCAAAUGCUGAAAUCGCUGUGAUAGAGCUGAUUAAUAAAUUCGUAGAGAGUGUACCUUCUAAGCCGAUAAGAGAUUUGAAAGACAAAUGGUUGGAUAUAGAAAAGGCUUUAAAGCAAGUCACGUCGGCUACGAGAGUCAUUCCCGAAGAUGCAGGAUCUCGGUCUGGAUCGACGUUAGGUGGACUUAGAUCUUAUUUUAGAAUGGUGUCAGAACACAAAGACAUUGUUAGAUCUGUAAUGGCAUUACAAGGAAUAAUGUACAUGUACAAGCCUGAUAUUCAAACACUAUUGAAGAACUACGGUAAAUUCGGGCAUCUAUGGGCAGAAGAUAGAGUGCAGCAAGUGCAAGCUUUUGUAGAUUCAAACCCGCUUAAUGUCAUAGUCAAGGACAUGCUCCACAAAUAUGAAGAUCAGACAGAGCAAGUCUUGAAUCUGCCAGAUCGGCAUAUUAUUGGCUCGAUUCAGAUAAAUACUGAUGACUGCAAACUGGCACUACAUUUGGAAUCCAUUGAAUGGAAGAGAGUUUUAGGUAAACUAUUAUGUAUAGCUUACAGAGAAAGGGUUGUAAAACUCAUGCAAUUUAUCAAAGAUCGCAUGAAGGUUAUGGCCAAAAGAAUAAAGGACCUUGAUGACGUCAGACUCGCUAUGAUGUGUCUUGAGCGUAUUAGAGAAGAAUUUAUCGGAAUGGAUAUGGAGUUGGAUUUAAUUGAAGAAAGUUACAGUACCUUUGCACAGUUUGAUAUUGACGUACCGAAAGACGAUGCUGACAUGGUGUACGGAUUACGCUACGCUUUUCAAAACAUGUUGUUGACUUCGCAGCAAGUUCAACAGAGAAUAGUAGACAUGCAAGGUCCACUCCAAAGAGAACUCACUGAGGGUGUGAGAACAUUCUUACAAGACGUAUUGAAGUUUGAUGCUGAUUACGAUGCGUUUGGUCCCCUGACACCUGGUUUAUCUGCUCGUGAAGCUAGUGACAGAGUAAUCAUGUUUCAGUCGAGAUUUGACGAGCUGUGGAGGAGAUUUGAAAUGUAUGCUAACGGAGAAAGAUUAUUUGGAAUGGAGGUUAAAGAUUAUCCUAUUUUGCAUCAGAAAAAAAAGGAAUUUAACUUAUUGAGCAAACUUUACAGUUUGUAUCUACUAGUGAUGAACUCCAUUGACGGCUACUUCGAGACCCCUUGGGUGGAAAUCGACAUCGAACUAAUAGUUUCACAAUUAGCGGACUUUGAUAUUAGGUGUCGAAAAUUACCCAAAGGCAUGAAAGAUUGGCCUGCUUUCAUCGAAUUGAAGAAAAAGAUUGAUGACUUCAACCAAACCUGUCCACUUUUAGAAUUAAUGGCUGAUAAGGCUAUGAAGGAAAGGCAUUGGAAGAGAUUAGAAAAUCUCAUGAAAUGUACCUUGGAUGUGGAAUCUGAAUCAUUCACGUUAGCUAAUAUUAUGGAAGCACCGCUACUGCAAAAUAAAGAAGAUGUUGAAGAUAUUUGCAUUAGUGCUGUCAAAGAAAAAGAUAUAGAAGCAAAACUCAAAGAAGUGGCAGCUAGCUGGGCGGUCGUAGAUCUUUCAUUUACCAACUUUAAGAAUAGAGGGGAACUACUUAUUAGGCCGCAAGAAACGCUUGACAUUAUCACUCUGCUGGAAGACUCCUUGAUGGUGCUCAAUUCAUUAGCUUCAAACAGAUAUAAUGCUCCAUUCAAAAAAGAUAUUCUGAUGUGGAUCAGCAAACUUGUGAGCACGAGUGAGAUUCUAGACAAGUGGCUGCAAGUACAAAAUUUGUGGAUGUACUUAGAGGCUGUAUUUGUUGGGGGUGACAUUGCAAAGCAAUUGCCUCAAGAAGCCAAGCGAUUCGGGACUAUUGACAAACAAUACGUGAAGAUAAUGUACCGAGCACGCGAUAUAAUAAACUGUGUGGAAACUUGUACAUCAGACGAUACCUUAAAAAACAUGCUACCCCACUUGUUUGAACAGCUCGAAGCUUGCCAAAAGUCGCUCACUGGCUACCUGGAGACCAAGCGGCUCAUCUUUCCCCGGUUUUUCUUCGUCUCAGAUCCUGUAUUGCUUGAAAUCCUUGGACAAGCAUCAGACCCACAUUCUAUUCAGCCUCACCUGCCAAGUAUAUUUGACGCUAUUUAUACGGUCGACUUUGACGAUAAAGAGAGGAUUGUAGUUAUGAAUUCUAGCAACGGGGAAUCUAUCGGUCUCGAGAAGCCUGUAACGUGUAUUGGAGGUGUUGAGAUUUGGAUAAAUGUUCUGUUAGAUUCUAUGCAAGAAACAGUGAGAAAUCUAAUAGCAAAUAUAGCGCAAACAAUGGCUGGAGACGCAGAAUUUGAUUUUUUGGUUGGAUUCUGGCUUUUUCCUGGUCAGGCCGGUUUACUAGGAAUGCAGAUUUUAUGGACUACUGACGCAGAGUACGCUCUGAAGAAAGCAAGGGUUGACCGUUUCAUUAUGAGAAUCACUAAUCAAAAGUUCCUCGAUUUACUGAAUGGUUUAAUUGACCAGACUGUGACAGAUUUAGUACCUUUGGCUAGAACUCAAGUGGAGACUAUGAUCACUAUUCAUGUGCAUCAGAGAGACAUAUUUGAUGAUCUCGUCAGAAUGAGAAUUAAAUCAGUAGGAGAUUUUGAGUGGCAGAAACAAGCUCGUUUUUAUUACUUUGAAGAUACUGAUGAAUGUCUCGUAUCCAUAACCGACGUGGAUUUUAUAUAUCAGAACGAGUAUUUGGGUAUAACGGAACGCCUUGUAAUCACACCUCUGACGGAUCGUUGCUACAUUACUCUUUCGCAAGCUAUUGGUAUGAGCAUGGGCGGUGCACCCGCUGGGCCGGCUGGCACAGGUAAAACUGAGACCACCAAGGAUAUGGCCCGUAGUCUCGGAAAACUCGUCAUUGUAUUUAAUUGCUCCGAUCAAAUGGAUUUCAGAGGAUUAGGCCGUAUUUACAAAGGCCUUGCGCAGUCUGGUACUUGGGGCUGCUUCGAUGAGUUUAACCGGAUCGAGUUGCCUGUGCUAUCUGUGGCCGCACAGCAAAUUUACAUCUGUCUCACUGCCAGAAGGGAGAAGAAAGAUUUCUUUAUAUUCAGUGAUGGGGAUACAGUAAGUCUUAAUCCUGAGUUUGCGUUCAUCAUUACAAUGAAUCCUGGGUAUGCUGGCCGACAAGAAUUACCUGAGAAUUUAAAAAUCCAAUUUCGUUCCGUAGCCAUGAUGGUCCCCGACAGGCAAAUUAUCAUCCGAGUCAAGUUGGCCAGCUGCGGAUUUAAAGAGAACAUUGUCUUGGCUCGCAAAUUCUUUACGUUGUACAAACUUUGUGAAGAACAGCUUUCAAAACAGGUGCACUAUGACUUUGGAUUACGCAAUAUUUUAUCUGUAUUGCGUACUAUGGGUGCUCAGAAACGAGCCAAUCCCGACAGUACAGAAGAGAAUAUUAUGAUGAGAGUAUUGAAGGAAAUGAACGUUUCAAAACUGGUUGAUGAAGAUGAGCCUUUAUUCAUAUCUUUAAUUGAAGAUUUAUUCCCUGGUAUGAAAUUAACUCAAACACAAUGGAGAGACAUGCAACGUGCUAUAGGCGUUAUCACAGAACGCACAGGACUCGUGAACCAUCCUGAUUGGAAUUUGAAAAUUAUUCAAUUAUACGAGACGUCGCUAGUGAGACACGGCUUGAUGACUUUAGGACCGACUGGUUCAGGCAAAACAACAUGCAUACACUCGCUCAUGGCUUCUCUAACUUUACUCGGUAAACCUCAUAGGGAAAUGAGGAUGAAUCCUAAGGCUAUAACUGCACCCCAAAUGUUUGGCCGUCUGGAUGUAGCAACUAAUGAUUGGACAGACGGAAUAUUUUCUACUCUUUGGCGCCGAGCGUUGAAAGUGAAAAAAUCGGAUACUACUUGGAUUGUACUAGAUGGCCCUGUAGAUGCUGUAUGGAUCGAAAAUUUGAAUUCUGUAUUAGACGAUAACAAAACUCUGACAUUGGCUAAUGGUGAUCGCAUUACAAUGGCAUCAAACAGUAAGCUGGUGUUUGAACCGGACAAUGUCGACAACGCUUCGCCUGCUACCGUAAGCCGGAUGGGCAUGGUGUUUCUAUCAUCCUCGGUACUGAAAUGGCAACCCAUAUUAGAGGGUUGGCUGAGGAAACGCUCCCAAAAAGAAGCUGAUUGUUUCCGUCUGGCUUUUAAUAAAAUAUAUGACGAUGUCCAUUCUUAUGUUCAACAAAAGUUGCCGGCUAAGAUGAAACUUCUUGAAGCAAUAUAUAUUAGACAAUGCAUUGACGUGUUAAUUGGAUUAUUAGAAAUUGAAGUUCCCGGAGGCAAGGUACACACUGAUCGUCAUCUUGAGCGUUUAUUUAUAUUUUCUAUGAUGUGGUCUUUGGGUGCACUAUUGGAACUAGACGCUCGCACCCGCAUGGCUGAGUUUAUGAUGUCGCGCCCCGUGAGAUUGGAUUGGCCUGGUGGAAAGUCCAAAGAGUGGAUCAUGCCUUUCGAGUAUAUGGUUAGCCUUCAAGGAACUUGGCAACACUGGUCUGAUCAUGUUGAACCUUACAUUUAUCCCAGCGACAGUAUUCCAGAAUAUUCAUCUAUUCUGGUGCCAAACAUUGACAACGUCUGUAUUACUUUUUUGAUCGAGACAAUUGCCAAACAGAAUAAAGCCGUGCUUCUUAUUGGUGAACAGGGCACAGCGAAGACUGUCAUGUUGAAAAGUUACAUGUCCUAUUAUGAUAGUGAAUAUAAGCUGUUUAAGAUGAUAAACUUUUCGUCGGCUACCACACCAAAUAUGUUUCAGCGAAUCAUCGAGUCUUACGUAGAGAAACGAGUCGGUAUGACUUAUGGGCCUCCAGGAGGAAAAAAGAUGACAGUUUUUAUAGAUGACAUCAAUAUGCCAGUGGUGAACGCGUGGGGUGAUCAGGUAACAAACGAAAUAGUCCGACAAAUGAUGGAAGGUGGUGGAUUCUACUCUUUAGAGAAACCUGGUGAUUUCACUAUCAUCGCUGACAUUCAAAUCUUUGGUGCUAUGAUACACCCUGGUGGCGGCAGAAACGAUAUUCCACCACGUUUAAAAAGACAGUUCUGUAUUUUUAACUGUACGCUACCAAGUGUUGUUUCUAUGGAUAAAAUUUUUGAAACAAUAAGUGUUGGAUAUUUUUGCAAAACACGCUUUGAAAAAAAAAUAGUCGACUUCAUGCCGAAACUAGUUCCAGUCACUCGUAUCAUAUGGCAACAAACUAAAACAAAAAUGCUACCGACGCCAGCUAAGUUCCACUACAUUUUCAAUCUUAGAGAUUUAUCUCGUAUAUGGGAAGGCAUCUUGUUUAUAAAGAAAGAAGAGCUUCCUUCCAUUAAAAUGGCAAUAAAGUUGUGGUUCCAUGAAUGUCUACGAGUUAUUUCAGACAGGUUUACCACCUUUGAAGACAGAGAUUGGUUUAUUGAGAAUUUCUGGCAUACAGCUGCAAUAGAAUUAUCUGAGUACGCUGAUGAAUUCGACCAAGGUGAAACAUAUUUUGUAAAUUUCCUGCGAGAAGCAGCUGAUCCCACAGGUGACGAAGAUGAAGAGUUUAGCAUUGAAGCACCAAAAAUAUACGAAGAACUACCAUCUUGGGAGUUUGUAUUAAGUAAAUUAGCGAUGUUUCAAGACUUAUUCAAUGAACAAAUUAGAGGAGCCCAUUUGGAUUUGGUAUUUUUCCAUGAUGCAAUGGUGCAUUUGUUUAUCAUAUCAAGAAUUAUCAAUACUUCACGUGGUAACGCUCUGCUAGUGGGAGUAGGAGGUUCUGGAAAACAAAGUUUAACAAAAUUAGCGUCGUUUAUUGCAAAUUACACCUUCUAUCAAAUAACUUUAACAAGAUCUUAUAAUGUAAGCAAUUUUAUGGAGGAUAUUAAAAUACUAUACCGGAUUGCGGGAUUACAAGGAUUAGGUGUAUCAUUCAUAUUUACUGACAAUGACAUUAAAGAUGAACAGUUUUUAGAAUUCCUCAACAAUAUUCUCAGCUCUGGAGAAAUUGCCAAUUUGUUCCCUAAGGAUGAAAUGGAUGAGAUAAUGAAUGAGUUAACACCGAUUAUGAAAAAGCACGCUCCAAAAAGGAUUCCAAUACCAGACGUGUUGUAUGAAUACUUUAUCAUGAGGUCGAGAGCCAACUUGCAUGUUGUACUUUGUUUCUCCCCAGUCGGUGAGAAAUUUAGGAGUAGAGCAAUGAAAUUUCCUGGUCUGAUAUCUGGAUCCAUUAUGGACUGGUUCCAAAAGUGGCCUAAGGAAGCCCUAGUGGAAGUAGCAUACCACUUUUUGUGGGACUUCAAGGUUGUGUGUUCGGAAGAGACGAAAACCCAACUAAUUGAGAUAAUGGGCAUGGUGCAAGAUAACGUAGCUGACACGUGCAUUUUGUACUUCGAACGGUUUAGGAGACAGGCUCAUGUUACUCCUAAAUCAUAUCUAUCCUUCUUGGGCGGGUAUAAGGUUCUGUACAAAGAGAAACACGUUGCUAUUGCUGAAAUGGCAAAAAGAAUGAUCACGGGCUUAGAUAAGCUAGUUGAAGCAGCAGAAAGUGUAGAUAUACUGAAACAAGAACUGGUGCUUAAAGAGUUGGAAAUCAAAGAAGCUACAGCUAAAGCUGAAGAGGUAUUAGCAGCUGUUGCAGACACGCAAGCAGCGGCUGAAAUAGUAAAGGCCGAAGUGUUGGAAGUAAAAGAUGUUGCUGUAAAACUCGUGACAGUUAUUGCUGCAGAGACAGCAAUUGCGGAGGAGAAACUCGCUGACGCUAAACCCGCGCUAGAUGCAGCCGAGGCUGCAUUACAAACCAUCAACGCUGCAGAUAUUGCAACCGUUAGGAAAUUAGGCAAGCCGCCAUAUCUCAUUACACUUAUCAUGGACGCUGUUAUUUUGCUCUUCAGAAAGCGAAUAGAUCCAAUUAAACCAGAUUAUGAUAGAAACUUUUUAACUCCAUCUUGGGCAGAGUCAUUGAAGGUUAUGGCAGAUGCACGAUUUCUAAGUAACUUGAAAAAUUUUCCUAAAGAUGAAAUUAAUGCGGAGAUGAUUGAUUUAUUAAUGCCAUACUUCAGAUUCCCCCAGUACACGUUUGAAGCGGCUAAAGUGGCUUGUGGCAACGUUGCCGGCUUGAUUUCAUGGACUAUUGCGAUGGCGCAAUUUUAUAGUGUGAAUAAGGAUGUAUUACCACUGAAGGCAAAUUUGGCGGUAAUGCAGGGUAAAUACCAAGCAGCCAAGAGAGAAUUGGAUGCAGCAGAGGCGGAAUUGGCUGCCAAAGAGCAAGAAUUAGCUGAUGUCCAGCGUCAGUUUGAUGAAGCCAUGGAACUGAAACAAGCUGUUUUGGACGAUGCAGCCAGAUGCCAGGAGAAAAUGGACGCUGCCACUGCUCUCAUUAACGGUCUCAGUGGCGAGCGCGUUCGAUGGACCGAACAGUCUGCGCUGUUCAAAUCAGAAAUAGAACGCCUUGUCGGAGAUGUAUUAUUACUGUGUGGAUUUUUAUCCUAUUCUGGGCCGUUUAAUCAAGAAUUCCGUUCGCUGAUAGUAGCUAACUGGUUAGCAGAAUUACUGAGAAGAAAAAUACCUGUAUCAAUGAAUUUAAAUAUAACAGAUCAACUUACAGACACUUCUACGAUUGGCGAAUGGAACUUGUUUGGAUUGCCUACGGACGAGUUGUCAAUUCAGAAUGGUAUCAUAGUAACCAAGGCUUCUCGUUUUCCUCUUUUAAUUGAUCCACAGACCCAGGGCAAGAUCUGGAUCAAAAACAUGGAAAAGUUAAAUGAUCUAAUCGUGACGACACUUAAUCACAAGUAUUUUAGAAAUCACGUGGAAGAUUGUGUCUCAUUAGGCAGGGCUAUGUUAAUAGAAGACGUUGCCGAGGAAUUAGAUCCAGUGCUUGAUAAUAUACUAGAAAAAAAUUAUAUCAAAAUUGGAUCAUCAUACAAAGUGAAAUUAGGUGACAAAGAGAUAGAUGUGAUGGCUGGCCAUAAAAUAUAUAUAACAACAAAACUACCCAACCCGGCAUAUACACCUGAGAUUUCAGCUCGAACUUCCAUAAUAGACUUUACUGUAACAAUGCAAGGAUUGGAAGACCAACUGCUCGGUCGUGUAAUUUUGACCGAAAAAGCUGAGAUGGAAGCAGAGCGUACUCAACUUAUAAUGGACGUUACUGCUAACCGUCGUAAGAUGCAGGAGUUAGAAGCUAAUCUUUUACAUAAACUGACCACUAUACAAGGUUCGCUUGUAGAAGAUGUUACUCUGAUUCAAGUGCUUAAUGUUACCAAAGCUACAGCUACGGAAGUGCGAGAAAAAUUGGAUGUUGCAAAAGAAACUGAGAUUAAAAUCAAUUUGGCUCGUGAAGAGUUCCGACCAGUGGCGACGCGUGGCUCCGUGUUAUAUUUCCUGGUUUGCAAUAUGUCGCUCGUCUGCAACAUGUACCAGACUUCGUUAGCGCAGUUUCUAGAACGUUUUGAUAUAUCCAUGGAACGAUCCACUCCGAGCCCGAUUACUUCUAGAAGGAUUGGAUUCAUUAUAGAUUACUUGACUUUCGACGUAUUUAAAUUUAUUUGUCGAGGCUUUUACGAGAAGCACAAGUAUCUGUUUGUCGUGUUGUUGACGUUGAAGAUAGACCUGCAGAGAGAAUAUAUAUCAUUCGACGAAUUUCAGAAUUUUAUUAAAGGUGGCGCUGCACUGGAUCUUAAUGCUUGUCCGCCCAAACCAUUCAAGUGGGUUACUGACAUGUCAUGGCUUAAUUUAGUGCAACUAUCUACCUUACGUCAGUACAGCAACAUACUCAGUCAAGUUUGUAAUAACGAAAGAGGCUGGAAAUCAUGGUUUGAUAAAGAAGCGCCUGAGGAAGAGACAAUGCCGGACGGUUACAACAACAUGGAUGUGUUCAGAAAAUUAUUGAUGGUACGCGCAUGGUGUCCAGACAGAACACUGGCACAGAGCUUAAAAUAUGUAAUGUCUUCCAUGGGAGCUCGAUAUUCUGAAGCUGUUAUUGUUAAUUACGAGCAAUUAGUAAUGGAGUCCCGUCCUCUCGUUCCGCUAAUAGGCUUUCUGGCUAUGGGAUCGGAUCCUACUCCAUCUAUCGAGGUAACUGCUAAACGUUUGGAGAACCUUUGCCAGUCUAUAUCUAUGGGGCAAGGUCAGGAGGUACAUGCAAGGAAACUUAUUGAACGUGGUCUCAAGGAGGGGUUAUGGGUGUUACUACAAAACUGUCACUUGGGCCUGGAAUACAUGGUCGAGGUUAUGGAGCAGUUUGCUGAACUUGAGAAAGAUCCGUCCAAAGUGCAUCCUCUGUUCAGGUUAUGGAUUACUACAGAAGUGCAUCCAGUAUUUCCGAUUACAUUGUUACAAAUGUCUAUAAAAUACACUUGCGAGCCCCCUUCUGGUAUUAAGGCUGGUCUCAUGCGAACCUAUGAUUCAAUGAGUCAAGAUUUCCUGGAUUACAGUGACAGUCCGUUUUACCUUCCUCUCAUUUACACUAUAUCUUUUCUGCAUACUGUUGUGCAAGAGCGAAGAAAGUUUGGGCCAUUGGGGUGGAAUAUUCCCUACGAGUUUAAUUCUGCUGACUGGUUGUCAUGUUGUUUGUUCGUUCAAAAUCAUUUGGACGCAUUGGAGCCUGGACAAACCCCUAGUUGGAACACAGUGCGUUACAUGGUAUCGGCUGUACAAUACGGCGGGCGUGUUACCGAUGAUUUUGACAACCGUCUGCUCGCUACAUUUACUAGAGUAUGGUUCACAGACCAGCUGUUUGAUGACGAUUUCCAGUUCUAUAAGGGCUAUGGAAUUAUGAAGUACAAAAAUAUUCCUGAGUAUAUUGAAGAAAUUGAGACUAUGAAAACUGUUGAUCCCCCGCAGGCUUAUGGUUUGCACACUAACGCGGACAUCACGUACCAACGAAACACAGUACAGGAACUUUUGGAUACAAUAUUGUCAAUUCAACCCAAGGAAUCAGGAGGCGGCGGGGGUGAAUCGCGUGAGGCUUCGGUAUACCGGCAGAGUAAAGAAAUGCUGGACAAAGUACCCCCAAAUUUUGACCCCCAUGAAGUUAAAGAAAGAUUACGGUACUACGGUAUUCUGGGAUCUAUGGUUAUAUUCUUACGCCAAGAAAUCGAUCGAAUGCAAAAAGUUAUAAAUCUAGUACGCGCGACAUUAAAGGAUUUACUUCUCGCCAUUGACGGGACUAUCAUCAUGAAUGAGGCUCUCCGCGAUUCAUUGAACAAUAUUUACGAUGCAAAAGUGCCCACAAUUUGGUUAAGCUCUUCGUGGUCAUCGUCAACGUUGGGCUUCUGGUUCACUGAGUUUUUGGAGAGAAACAUCCAAUUCUCAACAUGGUGUUUUCAAGCCCGGCCAUUUUCAUUUUGGAUGACAGGGUUUUUCAACCCACAAGGUUUCCUGACGGCGAUGCGUCAAGAAGUGACUCGUGCUCAUAAAGGUUGGGCCCUUGACAUGGUCUCUCUACAUAACGAUGUCACGAAGUCCUUACUUGAGGAUAUCAAGGCACCGCCACCGGAAGGUGUGUUCGUUCAUGGGUUGUUCAUGGACGGUGCCGGUUGGGACCGGCGCAACCAGCGCUUAACCGAGUCAUCAUUAAAAGUUCUAUACACGGCGAUGCCCGUUGUACAUGUAUAUGCAAUCAAUUCCACAGCACCAAAAGAUCCUAAACUUUAUAUGUGUCCAGUUUACAAGAAGCCGGUACGCACAGGAUUAACAUUUAUCACUCCUCUGUGGUUGAUGACAAUUAAGAAUCCAGACCAUUGGAUUUUAAGAGGAGUUGCCCUUUUGUGUGAUGUCAAGUAA